CCGCCGGCAGUACAAAACAAAACGCUUUACCACGACUACCGGGGCAGCUGCUCCGGCAACUUUCACUCCUCUCCGUCGCCUUCCCCCUUCCCCUCUCUCUAUACAGUGCCAAGUGCCUGUAGCUGCCAGCGCCACCGCCGCCUGGUCAACAAGAACCGAGAUUUUUGCCCCGCGCUGUCAAUCCGCGCAGCUGCGCUUCUAAAAGCUUUGCCAGUUCAACACUCUCAGCAGCUGCUCCCUUGCUGAGAGAAGAAGCGGCCAAGAAGAGAGCCGGAGGGAGGCGGAGGAGAUGAAGACUCGGAGCUCCGCGAGGGGGGAGCCGAGGCGGCUCGGGAAUGUGGCUCUCCUGGCCCUCAUGCUCUGCUCCGUCGUCGCACUCUCCCUCAUCCGGGGGAGGUUCGCCCCAAUCGUUACCAGUGCCGGAGACGCCAUCAAAUCCGAGGACACAUCGGCGGCGGUGAGCAAGGAGGCUGUCAACAUUGACGCCGGCGACGGGGCCGACGAGGCCGCCGCGGAAGCUGCUGCUGCGGAGGAGAAAGACAAGGAGGCCCAGCCCAAGCCCGCCGGAGCCUCCGGCGGCGCCGUGAAGCCGGUGUGCUACGAGACGAGCCGGCGCUCCGACACCUGCGAGGCGGCCGGCGACGUGCGCCUGAUGGGGAGCAGCCAGACGGUGUACGUCGACACGCUGGACCGGGAGUGGAAGACCAAGCCGUACUGCCGGAAGCACGACAACUUCGCGCUGUCUCACGUCAAGGAGUGGACCCUCAAGCCGCUCCCCUCCGGCGCGGCGCCGCAGUGCACGGUCAACAGCUCGGCCACCGCGUUCGUGCUCUCCACCGGCGGGUUCACGGGCAACCCGUUCCACGACUACACGGACGUGCUGAUCCCGGCGUUCAUCACGGCACACCCCUUCCGCGGCGAGGUGCAGUUUCUGGUGAGCAGCUACAAGUCGUGGUGGGUGAACCGGUACAUCCAGAUCUUCCAGCAGAUGAGCCGGUACGAUGUGGUGGACAUUGACGCCGACGACGAGGUCCGGUGCUACCGCAACGUGGUGGUGGGGCCGACGUUCCACCGGGAGCUUGGCGUGGAUGCGUCCAAGACGCCGUCGGGCUACUCCACGGCCAACUUCCGCAAGAUGCUGCGCGACGCGUUCGGGCUGGAGCGCGCGACGGCGACGCCGAGCGGCGACCAGUGGGACAUCCGGCGCCGCCCGCGCCUGCUGAUCAUCUCGCGGCGCCCCGCCCGCGGGCGCGCGUUCAUGAACGAGCGCGCGAUGGCGGACAUGGCGGCGAGCCUCGGGUUCGACGUGCGGAUCGGGGAGCCCGACACGAGCACGGACACGUCCAAGUUUGCACGGCUGGUGAACUCGUGCGACGUGAUGGUGGGCGUGCACGGCGCGGGGCUGACCAACAUGGUGUUCCUGCCGGCCGGCGCCGUGGUGGUGCAGGUGGUGCCGUACGGGCGGCUGGAGUGGCUGGCCCGGAACACGUUCGCGGAGCCGUCGGCGGGGAUGGAGGUCCACUACCUGGAGUACGCGGUGCAGCUGGACGAGACGACACUGAGCGAGCAGUACCCGAGCGACCACCCGGUGCUGAGGGAUCCCAUGGCCAUCCACAAGCAGGGGUGGAACGCACUCAAGACCACGUACCUGGACAAGCAGAACGUGCGGCCGCACCUGGGCCGCCUCAAGAAAACCUUCCUCCAGGCGCUCAAGAUGCUGCCGCACGGCCGGGACGAUUAGGAGGUGAUCAUAGACCUCGCACAUCAGAGAGUAGAUGUAUAGCUUAGUUAAUGGUAAUUACUUUUGGCUUGUUUUUUUUCUUUUGUUGGUUUGUAUGAGUAAGAGGGUGCACCAGUAGCAGGAAGAAACAGUAGUGCGACUGUGAAUGGGUGCACAGAUCGCACGGACAAAUUUCUAGCGUUUAACUGUUUAUAACUUAUCCUUUUGUUUUCUGUCCUCCCUUUUGGAUUGGAUUUUGUAUGGUGCUCUGCUCACUGGUCCAUGACACAAGUGUCACGAGCUGAGGAUUAAUAAAACAAGCGGAGCUUUCUUUGUUCCUGUAA